GCCCUGAGAAAAGUUAUGCAUGGAAAAAAACUAGACUACACUGGGUUGAUUGGUUUCCAUUUAUUUUCAUACAGAAAGGAGCUCCAGAAGGCCUUGUUGCGCUACACUGCAGACACCCUCAUCCACAUCCACACGGUGAGAGGAUUCUGUGAGAGGGUCCCUAAAUGGAUGCUAGGGAGGGAGUCAGAGUUAAACAUGAUGAUGGACAUCAAGGACAGGGCUGACGGCAUCGACCUAAACAUCAGCCAUGUUAGCCAGUCAGAGAAUAAAGGAGAAGCCUUUCUUGAGUACAUGAAGAGCAAGGUGACACAGGUGACCGCAAAGAGCAGGUUGGAAGAGCUGGAGAAGGAGCUGGCUGCUGUGCUGAAGGACACUCUGAUGGAACUGGAGAAGCUCCACUGUUUCCUGGAUGCGGUAGAGAAGCUGGCAGUCACCUCACUUCAUGUGUUCGUGGAGGGGAGGCAGGUGGUGUUACACCUGCCAGAGGGGGUCGGCCUCGAUCAUGUUCAGGUGGUGAUCGCUGCUGCACGGCUGGUCUGCCCUCUGCUCGUUGAGUUUAAAAGAGAUGAAAUGGUCUUCUUCCAGCCCAAACUGCAGAAUGUGGAAGUGCUAGCGUAUCAGCUGGACAAAUACAUCCAGACCACCCAGAGGAUCUGUGGACUGUUGGAGAAAAGCACUUUCAGUGACUUCGACCUGAACAUGAUCAAGAAAUCUGCAGUAGACCUGGAUUUGGAUUUAUCAGAAGACGACAUGGAGAGGAUGCUCUAUCACAUCAAUCAACUGGAUGAUAUCAGGAUGAACCAGCACUUCUCUUUGGUGUACUUGUUUCAUGACUUUGGCUUCCUCGACGAGUUCAGAGAUUGUCAACCUCGCCUGCUGCAGUCUCUAGAUGGACUGGAGGAGAUUGCUGUUCAGUUCGACUCCAUGAAUAAGGGGGCAAAGAUCUCCAGUGUGGUGGGCAGCUCAGUGGGGGCGGUUGGAGGCGUGCUUUCCAUCAUUGGUUUAGCAUUGAUUCCUGUAACAGCUGGAGUGUCUCUGGGUCUUACCAUGACUGGGAUAGGGCUUAGUGUCACCAGCGGGGUCAAUGGCCUUGUCACUACGGCGACAGAGUUAGGAGUAAACAGUACACAACAAAAGAAAGCCACUGAGGUCUUCGAGGGGCUCAUGAAGGAUUUGCAGAGUCUCCAGGAUUGUCUGAAGAAAGUCAGCAAUCAAACUGUCGCCAGAAUGGAAGCAAGUCAGGUAGAUGUAGCCUUGGGAGUGAGCAGGGUGCUUGUCAAAGGUGGUUUCAUUGCAAGAGGUGUUGAUUCACUUGUUGAUACUGCCUCUGCUUUUAAAAUGUUAAAAAAUGAGGAGCUGGUUGUAAGUGCUGGUAAGGUGUUGGCUGAGGAAGGUCAAGCUUUACGGAACGUGCCAAAGGUGGCCGCAGACAUCCCAGAUAUCGGACAGGCAGCAAUCAAAGGGCCUCUGGCCCUCACCAAGUCCGCCAGAGCCGGUCUCAUCGGGCUGAAUGCUUUUUUUCUCGGCAUGGAUGUCUUCUUCAUCUGUAAAGACAGCAUCAGUCUGUCCAAAGGCAGCGAGACCGAAGCCUCACAGUUCAUCAGAGCCAGAGCGGCACUCUGGCGCUCAGAGAUCGACGCCUGGCAGAAAAUCUACGACUCCCUGAUAGAAGGUCUGCAGAAAUCAGAGAAAAACAAAGCUAUCCUGGAAACGCCAUUUCAUCCGGAGUUGGAGAGUGAGCUGAAGAUGGAGAUGGAGAUGGAGAUGAAGAAACAAAAACAAACGGAAAUGGAAAUUCCCCCUGAUGAAGAGAAUGAAAACAUGGAAAAGGAAGGAAAAAAUUGUGUAAUACAGUAGUCUUCAGGUAUGAUUGGCCUUUUUUCUUUUUUUUUAGCAACUUGAGCAAUAAGAUUUGAUAUUAAUUUAAUGUAUGAUCCAACAAAGAAAUGAUAAUUGCACUUUGCUUAAAGAUUACUGUUCAGGCUCAAACAUUGUUAAACUGAAGACUUGAUGAAUGUAUGUAAUUAUUAUGACAUUAAGCAACUUUCAGUGCCACUUUUAUUCUCGGGAAUGAUGUAUUUUCUUUUAACCUUUUGCUGAGCCAGAUUCAUUUUCAAAUUGAAUUUGUUUUUGGAAGGCAUCUUGCAACCCCCCUCACAGUGUACCCCUCCGUGUUUCCCGACCCCCUCUUUGUGAACCCCUGGUAUAAGCCGCAAUUCAUCUUUGAAAAAGCAAUUGAUGUGUGGAAAAAAAGUUGGUUGAUAUUGCAGACUACUUUUUAAUAUGACUAACAAUUACUAUGACAUUCGGUGGUGGAGGAAAAAAAAACAAAAAAACAUUCAAAUUGACAUAACUUAAUACAUUUAUGAGAACAGAGGCCGCUCAUGCAGCAUCUUCUCCUUGGAUAGGAGGGAGACUGUUAGUGUCAACAUGGUAUAAAGGAAUAAACUCUCUUUUUUUAGACCAGGAAAGGAGAAAGACUCUUGUGACAGGUGCAGGGAAACUCGUGUGAGUCUGUCUGCACAUGCUCAUGAAUAUGUAUUUAAACUUAUUCUCACACACACACACACAUUAUUGAAAGUACAACAGCAGAAGAAAUUGUGGGCGGGUUCUGAAACCCACUGGAACGCCUUCAUUCUCUGCUCAGAGGAAUAAAUACCACUACAUGCAACAGAAAGACUUUUUUACUCGUUUUGAUCAUUUUGGUGUAGCUCUGCGAAAGACCUGGGGCAGUCUGUGGAUCUCAGCUGAGGAUGCCCAUCUUUCUAUGAAGACUAGACAGUUGUCUGUAGGAGAAAUCAAUACAGUUGAAUUGUCUCUCCAAAGGGAACUUGAAUAAAUGGGCCCUUAGCGCUUAAAUGUGUGGGCUCAUUAAAGGUGAAGUUAUACUCAUAAUUGAUAUCCUGUGAUCAUAUAACCAUUUCAUGUUUUUGUAAACCUAAUUUUUGAAUAAAAAAAGAAUCCCUGAGAACUCCA